AUGGCUCAUGCACAAGUCUCUGCAUGUGAGAGGGGCCUUGGUGAUGAACAUUCCGUCUUGGCCAAACCCCUGGGCAUCCAGGGGGAGGGGGUUCUCAUCUGCAUAGUGAAAGCCCGCAGGAGGCAAGCAGCCGGGAGACCAAAUGUCACGAAUGAUGAAGACCCUGUCAUGGGCACAGUCACCUGGGGCUCCAAGAAAAAUCUUCAGCCGGACGGGCCCCCAGACCAAGCGCCACCUGCUGAGAAGGGCCCUCUGUCGGGGGAGCAGCAGGAGCUCUACUACGCCAACCUCACCUUUGAGGGGCUGAAGCCACGGGAGCCUCGGGACCAGGAGGCCACCAGCACCCACGAGUACUCAGAGGUCAAGCGCGCAGGCCAAUGAGGACUCGCUCAGAGCUGGGUGCUGGCCAGAGGCAUCACAGCCCCCCCUGGGGGAGGGGGGUGGGGAGAAGUCCAGGACUCAUUGCUGAAGCAUGAGGAGACCUUGCGGCCUGAUUAACAUUAACGGCUGGAUGAGCAUCCCCAGGCAGAGCAGGAAGAAGACAGGCGAUGGGGUUUGAGAGACGGGAUGGGCCGGCUCUCACGUCCACCUGCACCUGUGCUGCAGGUGAGCUGCUCCGUGACGCUGUCUCUCGCCCUCCUGCUCCCUCCAGAACAGCACUUCCUGGCUCCUGGCACAUGGUCUAAGGUCUGGGUUUUCUAAUAAAUCCCGUCUUCUCAUCGU